AGAAGGGUAUAGUCGUCAUUUGGUUCUCUUAAAAGCUAGAAACCCUAGUUAGUGAGCAGUAUACACCAUAUCCCGAGUGUUACCGUCUCCAUUCGCGCCGUUCUCUUUCGUUUCUGUCAGAAAGAACAACCAAUUCAUUCCAAAUGGCGUUGUCAGAGAAGAAACUGUCGAAUCCUAUGAGGGAAAUCAAAGUGCAAAAACUUGUCCUCAACAUCUCCGUUGGUGAAAGUGGAGAUCGUCUCACCAGAGCUGCAAAGGUUCUUGAACAGCUAAGUGGCCAAACUCCUGUUUUCUCCAAAGCUAGGUACACCGUCCGUUCCUUUGGUAUUAGAAGGAAUGAAAAGAUUGCAUGCUACGUCACUGUUAGAGGCGACAAGGCAAUGCAGCUUUUGGAGAGUGGCUUGAAGGUCAAGGAAUAUGAGCUGUUGAGGAGAAACUUCAGUGAUACCGGGUGUUUUGGCUUCGGUAUUCAGGAACAUAUUGAUUUGGGAAUCAAGUAUGAUCCUUCCACUGGUAUUUAUGGAAUGGAUUUUUUUGUUGUCUUGGAGCGCCCUGGUUAUCGUGUUGGACGUCGUCGUAGGUGCAAGGCAAGAGUUGGAAUCCAGCAUCGUGUCACAAAGGAUGAUGCCAUGAAGUGGUUCCAAGUUAAAUAUGAAGGUGUGAUCCUAAACAAGUCCCAGGCAAUUGUUUAGUGAGAUCAGGACAUUCUUGAGUACGAGUUCUGAAUUUUGUUGAGUGUAGUUUGAUGUUUCUUGAAUCAGUAGCUUAAAUUUCUGCAUUGGUAUGAAUACUACUUUUGACCAGAUAUGUAAGAUGUUUGUUUAAUUUUUUUUCUUCUCCCAAUAUCAUCAAAUUUUGACAUCAAAACUGAUUGCAAGCUUAUGUUACAGAGUAUCUAUCUAAUCUAUUUUUGUUUUCAUUUA